AUGAAGGUCGACUAUGGUGGCAGGAAGACAAAGUAUAGACUCGCCGGAGUCGUCUAUCACGGAACCUAUCACUUCACAGCGCGAUUGAUAGACAAAAAUUCGAAUACAUGGUGUCAUGAUGGCAUGACUAACGCUGGGAAAUGUAUUCCAGCUGGGAAAGUGAAAGACGUACCGGACAUGUCUGUACUUGAAGGGAGGGUUGCCUGCCUAGCCAUAUAUACAUCCCUGUGA